GCUCCGUCUCUCAGACAGUCUGUUUUUGCUGCAGUGAACGGUAACCGUGGUGAGGCAAAGAGAGCUUUACAAACAGUGGGGAAAGAGCGGAGGAACAAAGCAGGGAGAAAAUUAACAACAACAAACAAGGAGCAACAACAAGAAGAAGCGAGGAGCUUAUUCCAAGAACUGAAAAGAGGAAAUUCACUGCGGUGGGGGGGGAAAAAACCAAACAAGCUGCGCAUCAAAAGGAGAGUCAUUACUGGUGGGGACCUUACUGGAAACCAGCAGCAGAACCCGACUUCGGAGGAGGAAUAUAACGGUGACACUCCAGAGCCUCGCUGCCCUCCUGAGCUUUCAGUGAGACAGGCGGAUCUGUGUGCCAGACCAUGGCCUUCCCAUCAGCCCCCUCUGCUCUAUGGAUUGUCAGCUUAUUGACUGCACUAUUCGCAGCUGCGGUUCACAGCAACAUUGUCAAUGACGAAGACCCGCUGCAGCCCAUGACCUCGGAUCAGACGGUGUCCGUCGGCGGCACGGUGACGUUGACCUGCUGGGUGGCGGAGACGGACAACUCUUCGCUGCAGUGGUCCAACACUGCGCAACAGACCCUGUACUUUGGAGAGAAGAGAGCCCUGAGAGAUAACCGCAUCCAGCUGCACCGCUCGACACCCACGGAGCUCUCCAUCACCAUCAGCGACGUGCAGCUGUCUGACGAGGGCGAGUACACCUGCUCCAUCUUCACCAUGCCCGUCCGCACGGCCCGGGCGACUGUCACCGUUCUAGGUGUGCCCGCUACACCUCAGAUCUCUGGCUUUGAAGAGCCAGUGCCAGCGGGCGGAAAAGUCACCCUUACCUGCACGACCACGGGCAGCAAGCCCCCCGCCAAGCUACGCUGGUACAAAGGAGGCGUCGAGAUCCAAGGGCGCCCGGACGUGGUCGAGUCCGUCCCAGACGACCCCACUUACAACGUCAGCAGCGAGCUGACCCUGCAGGUGAAUGCCAGCGACGACAACGUCAUCAUCUCCUGCGUCGUCGACCACGACUCUGUGAAACCCGGGGAGAAGAAGAGCGAGCAGUCUCUGCGAGUCUUGUAUACCCCUGAAGUAGCGAUCACCCCUGAGGAGAGGCUGGCGAUAGAGGGGCAGAGGUUUUCUUUGCAGUGUUCAGGCAAAGGCAACCCCGAGCCCUCCGACUACUCCUGGAAGAGGAAGGACGGAGAGCUCCCCCCGCUGGCCAAAGUUCAGGGCGCUUUCUUGUCCUUUUCGAUGCUCAACAAAUCCGACAACGGCGAGUACAUCUGCCACGCCAGGAACACAGUAGGGACGGGCAUGGGGACGUACACGCUACAGGUGCAAGACCCCAACAACCCCGACUCCACAGACGCCGCCGUCCCCACCUUUCUCCCCACGUCCACCGUCCCCCUGACCUCCUCCCCUCCUGACGUCUUCCAAGGCUCAGGGUCAGACUUCAGUGACUUCAUCUCCACCCUUUCCCCCGACUCCCCCCUUUCGACGGUUGUAGCCUCGACCACCGCGCCGCCCUCUCCCACCGCGCCGCCCUCUCCCACCACCGCCCUCUCCAACGCCCUCUUCCCCGACCUGCCUCUCUCCCCUGACUCCCCCCCGCUCAGCCCGCCGUCCCCCGCGACCCCCGCCCCCACCCCGCCCGCCCCCUCAGUUUCCGUCCAGACGAGCGGAGCUUACACUGUCACAGAUGAUGCACGCAACUCGACAGACACGACAGCCAUGGCGUCACCUUCUGGCGUGGACCACGCUGUGAUCGGAGGGGUGGUGGCCGUUAUCGUCUUCAUCCUGCUUUGCCUCCUCAUCGUCCUCGGCAGAUACCUCAUCAGACACAAAGGAACGUAUCUGACCCACGAGGCCAAGGGUUCCGACGACGCCCCUGACGCAGACACGGCUAUCAUCAACGCCGAGGGAGGCCACUCCGGAGCCGAGGAGAAGAAGGAGUACUUCAUCUAGAUGGGUUGGGGUGGGGGGGUG